ACAUAAUGGUGCAUUUAACCUGUGGGUUACUACAGGGCAGACUGCCUUAUCAGAGACACAAUGACUGACCUCAGCUAAUCUCUGGACUCUUCAGUUGAGCAAGAAAUACGGAAACUAUUGACAGGUGGGCAAAAUAAGAGUGGUAGAAGCCAGAGUGGUUUAGGAAAGAAAGACCAGGGAGAAGUGUGAGAAGGCAAGAGACACAAAGAAGGGGCAAGGAGAAUCAGGUGAGAGGGAACUUGAAAUAUAAGAAGCAAGUAAAGAAAGAAUAAAAGUUGCAUGAUGUGUUUACAGUCCUGCUGAAGUGUAACCAGGAAGUAAAAGAGAGAGCACAGUUUGCUGUCAGAGACAGAGUGAGAGUAAGAAAAAGAAAGUAAGAGCAAGAAAGAGCAGCAUAAUGAAUAAAUAGAGGGAGAAAAGAGAACAUCAAGCAAGGAGAAGAGAAGGGAGUGGACCCAGAGGACACACACAACAAUGACCACCAUGGGAAUAAAAACCAAGGCAGCUGUGGCCAUCGUGAUUCUACUGCUGUUCCUUGGCUCAAUGUGGCUCCAGGGAGGCUUGGAGAAUCAGUGGCGUGCCUGUGUGAAAGGUUUUCCUCAGGAACAGAAGCCUGUCAUUAUCACUAUACUCAAUGACACAGACACAGACAGCAGGGGAGGCACUGACAUCGUCCCAUUGGGUGAGUGCCCUGGUCAAGAUUUCCAGGUGUCACGGCUGCUGGCCCAACUACUGGCUGCCAAAGCACCCCCCUCUGAUGUCCUUCUACAACCUUACCUCUCCAGCUGGGAUGAACUCAUCAAGUUCAUGGAGGCUCUGGGCCCAAUGGUGGGCCUCAUCUCUAAGGAGAUUGAGGGAAAAACCUCCAUCAUCCGUCAGCUGGCCAGAGAGGAUGCUGACAGACAGAUGGAAAGAGUACAGGAAGAGGAAGUGAGAGAGGGAAAGGACCACAUCCACGGUAACACAGACGGAAGGGGAGAUGGGAAGGUCGAGGAGAGGCUGGGACCACAGACCACCAUUCCUGUGAAGGCAGAGGGCAAAGAGGUUGCCAGAGAGGAGCUGGGCUUUGGCGAAUCUUACCUCUCUGUUCGCUCUAUGAUACGGGUGGAGCUGAGCCAAGGCACGGUGAACUUUGUGAAGCAGACGGACUCCGGCUGCCGCACACUUUUGAGGCUGCACCGUGCCCUGCUGUGGCUCCAGCUCUUCCUGAAGAGGCUGGCGGAGAAACCUCUGCCCGGGGUGAGGCUUCAGAGCCCCUCUGAGCUGUGCAGUGAGGCCUACAAGCAGACCCUGGCACACCACCACCCCUGGGUGGUCCGCCAGGCUGCCGAGUUUGCCUUCCUUGCCAUGCCUAAGCGAGGGUUCUUCUUCAGGCUGGUGUGCGCGCAGAAUCAGGAAGAGGCAGCAUCUGUGCUAAACAGGGUGGUCAGGGCCAUUGGGGAGGUAUACCAGAGGACCCAGCAUGCACUGGAAGAGCAAGGCAUGUUGGACUUGCCUUAGAGAAGGAAGUUGGGCAAUUGUGGAUACAAUUUUAACAAAGGGCCAAAACAACUACUAACGUAGUACAAGUGGGAAAGUAAUUGUAUACAGUACCUGUACUGCAAGUUGCUAUGAAAUUGGCUACAGCAGAUUCCUCCACCAGGGGGAGCGCUGUUCAACAGCAGUCAAUGAGUAUUUUUUCUAGUCUAUGGAUGAAAUACAGUAAGCAUGGGCCAGGGGUUAUAUUGAUUUAAAAAAAACUAAAAAACACGCAAGCUGAAUAU